AUGUCGCGCUCAACUGCAAUGGAGUCGAGGGAGUACGUUAACUUCGAGAUUAUCUCGCUCCUAUUCGAUGGGAUGUACCUUCUUGAAAUGAUAUCUUUCAUGAAUUUCGACUGGGCACUUUUGACUCGCAAUAAGCACGGCGGACGAACCUCACUCUUGGGGAAGAGUGUGAAAGCGACAUAUCUACUUUGCCGUUAUUGCUCUUUGAUCUCAUGCGUGGCAGAGCUCUAUAGCUUCUUCAACGUCUCGCGAGGGUCACUUUCGUGCGAGGUUCUGUUUCGGAUUGUAACCGGAACAGCCAUACUAGCGGCAACAUUCUCGUCUGCCUUGAUUGCUAUUCGCGCGGUAGUGGUGUGGGUCUACGAUGUGCGACUGACAUCCUUGAUCGUUCUCGUUCUGUUAGCGGUUCUAGCGAUCAACAUACGGACAUAUGUCAUCCUAUCAUCUUCGUACGACCCCAUCAACAUGCUCUGCGCUUUGGAUCACAUGCACGUCAACUUACCCAACGUCAUCGCCCUCCUUAGCUGCGAUUCUAUCAUCCUCGCGGCGCUUUUCGCGGGUCUUUAUCGCUGGCACGAGCCUGGAUAUGGUGAAGGCAGCUUUAGCCUCUGGUCGCUUCUGUGGAGGCAAGGUGUCCUGUAUCUCGCGCUCGCGUCAACUCUCGAGAUUCCGGCGUUGGUGUUCCUCGCGUUAAACAGAGAUUGUAAGUCGACUACUCCCUCUCGAGAUAUAUGUCCGACUUAUGCGCCAUGA